AUGUCGCCCUCGGUGCAGAAGAGCCAGUUCAAGCUGCUUCAGCAGUUCAAGCCAGACUACUCCGCGAGCGAGUUCACUGAGUAUGAGUCGCAGCGCACCGGUAUGCGGGUGGUGGUCAUUGACCAGAAGGGCCCCAAGGUGAACGGCUACUUUGUGCUUGCCACGGAGAUCCAUGAUGACUCGGGCGCCCCUCACACUCUGGAGCAUCUUUGCUUCAUGGGCUCUCGUAACUACCGUUACAAGGGUUUCCUGGACAAGCUGGCUACCCGGGUCUACUCCAACACCAAUGCUUGGACAGCCACAGACCACACAGCCUACACCCUCGACACCGCCGGCUGGGAAGGCUUUGCUCGCAUCCUGCCGGUCUACUUGGAGCACGUCAUUGCUCCCACUCUGACGGAUGAGGGCUGCUACACAGAAGUUCACCACAUUGAUGGCUCCGGAAACGAUGCCGGUGUCGUAUACUCCGAGAUGCAAGGCGUACAGAACAACGCCGCUGAGCUGAUUGACCUGGCAGCUAAGCGUGCAACUUAUCCUCCCGGUGUCGGCUUCCGCUACGAGACUGGUGGCAUGAUGGAACAGCUUCGCGUUCUGACCGCUGAGCGUAUUCGGGAGUUCCAUCGUGAGAUGUAUCAGCCUAAGAACCUCUGCCUGGUCAUCACCGGUGAGGUCGACCAGAAUAACAUGCUGGAUAUCUUGGACAAGUUCGAGGACACCAUCUUGGAUGUCAUCCCGAGCCCGGAUGCGCCUUUCACUCGUCCUUGGACGGACUCCAAGCAGACUCCAGCCUUGGAGAAAUCCAUCAUUCAGAAAGUCGACUUCCCUGAAGAAGAUGAGUCCUUUGGCGAAAUCGAGAUUCGCUUCCUUGGACCGGAUUGCAACGACCCCAUUCAAUCCGGCGCUUUGAAUGUGGCUCUCCUGUAUCUCGCUGGAUCGUCUGCGUCUCUCCUGGAGAACACGAUCGUCGAGAAAGAGCAGAUUGCCAGUGCCGUCUACUAUGCUACUGAGGAUCAUCCUAGCAUCGAGAUCCGCUUUACCCUGACCAGCGUGGAGACUGACAAGCUUGAGAAGGUUGAGAAGCGAUUCUUUGAGAUCCUGAAGGAUGCCAUGGGCAAGCCGCUCGAUAUGAAGUACUUGAAGGAGUGCAUUGACCGUCAGCGCCGUUCGUGGAAGUUCUCGACCGAGAACUCUGCCAAUCCCUUUGCGGAAUACGUUAUCACCGACUUCCUGUUCGGAAAGCGUGAUGGCUCGACCUUGCGGGAUGUUGCAUCUCUCAAGGAAUACGAAGCCCUUGAGCACUGGGAGGAGGACCAAUGGCGGUCUUUCAUCACCAAGUGGAUUGCCGAUGCCAACCAUGUUUCCAUCCUGGGAUGCCCGUCCCUGAAGCUGUCCGACAAGCUCAAGAAUGAUGAGGAGGCGCGAGUGGCCGCUCAGAAGGAACGUCUUGGCGAGAAGGGGCUCAAGGAGCUGACUGAGAAGCUGGAGAAGGCCAAGGCCGAGAACGACAAGGAGAUCCCAGAGGAGCUUCUGGCCAAGUUUGCCAUUCCCGGAACCGAUUCCAUUCAUUUCAUGAACACGACCACGGCCCGUUCGGGUGCUGCCCUGAAGGCCGGUCGUCCCGACAAUCAGAUCCAGAAGUUGAUUGAGGCCGACGAUGAGGGCCAGCCCCUGUUCAUUCACUUUGAGAACAUCCCCAGCAGCUUUGUGCAGCUGUCUGUCCUCAUCUCGGCUCAGUCUGUGCCGCUCCAACUGCGUCCCUUGCUGUCGAUCUACACCGAGGCUUUCUUCAACAUUCCUGUCGAGCGCGAUGGCAAGACCAUUAACUUUGAGCAGGUCGUCGUGGAGUUGGAGAAGGAUACUGUCGGCUACGGAAUGGACACGGGCCGCGCCCUUGGAAACUCAGAAAUGCUCCGUCUGUCCUUCCAGGUGGAGCGUGAGAAGUACGAAGCCGCCAUUGCCUGGUUGCAGGAGCUGUGCUGGAGCUCCAUCUUCGAUGUCGAGAGACUGCGUGCUAUUACCACUCGCCUCUUGGCCGACGUGCCCGACUCCAAGCGCAGUGGCGAUGACAUGCUGGCAGCAGUUCACGUCAUGGUCCACUACGACCAGGAGUCUAUUGCCCGGGCUCGAUCUACCCUCGUCAAGGCACGCUACCUGAAGCGUGUCAAGCGCCUUCUCGCCGAGAAGCCCGAGGAGAUCGUCAGCCGUAUGGAGGAGAUCCGCAAAUCUCUGUUCCAACCCGAUAAUGUCCGGGUGAUCGUUAUUGCCGACCUCGAGAAGCUGCCUCGCCCCGUCUCCUCCUGGAAGUCCUUCGCCGAGCGCCUCGGAAGCAGCGACAACCUGAAGCCCAUCACAAACCGUCGCGCGCUGCUGAGCGACGCCGGCAAGAACAUCGGCGGCCAUUCGUACAUCGUCCCCAUGCCGACUGUGGACUCGUCGUACGCCUAUGCCACCGCCCGGGGUCUCGAUUCCUACGACCACCCCAAGCUCCCCGCUUUGCUGGUCGCUAUUGCCUACAUGAACGCCGUGGAGGGUCCUCUCUGGGUCGCUGUCCGUGGCAAGGGUCUGGCCUACGGUACCAACUUCGCCUACAACAUUGACACCAGCUUUGUUAACUUCGACGUGUACCGUUCUCCCAACGCGCACAAGGCUUUCGAAGCUAGCAAGCAGAUUGUCGAGGACCAUCUGUCUGGCGCUAGCCCCUUCGAUCCUCUCAUGCUCGAGGGUGCGAUCAGCAGCAUCGUUGUUGGCUAUGCCAACGAGCAGAUGACCGCUGCCAGCGCUGCCCAGGGCAGUUUCAUCCGCCAGGUCGUGCGCAACUUGCCUAGCGACUACAAGGAGAAGAUGCUCAAGAAGGUGCGGGAUAUCGGCGUUGAGGAUGUCAAGGGUGCUCUGCGCGAGAUUAUCUUGCCUUUGUUCUCGGCGAAGACUGCGAACCUUGUUAUCACCUGCGGUACUGUUCUGGAGGAGACCCUUAAACAAGGCUUCGAGUCAAUCGGCUUCACCCCGACUGUCCAGCCCCUCAAGGAGUUUGAGGAUGACUACGGCCUCAAGCUUGGUGAUGAAGAUGAGGAGGAAGAUGAUGAAGACGAAGACGAAGAUGACGAGGAUGACGAGUCCGGCUCUGAGGAGGAGGACAGUGACGAAGAUGACGAGUGA